AUUGGCACAAAAUGUGGUCGAGAACACCUUCUUGCAGGACGAGUUCAGUAACGAGGCGGAGGACGAAGGUAGUCCUAUUGAAAGGGAAAAUCCUCCCUCCCCCUGUCAAAACGAAAUUUCUGAUGCUUGAUUUGUGUACACCAAUCCGAGCUGUCUUGCUGGAGAGCACUGCAGGCCCAUACUAAGUGUGAGUAGAGAGGUGUUGGCCUAGGGCCUUAGCAUGAAAAACGUCAGCGCUGUAGGCCCAACCGCAUGACAAACCGUCUGCGCAAUGCGGCGGAGCCUCCGGAGUUGCCUUCUUGCAAGACAGACGCGGUUUGUGACCACAAGUCAGCUUUACAAAUUUCCAAAAAUAUACCUUUUCAGUAUGGGGAGGGGGGAUUUUUCCUUUUGAUAAGUCCUCCUGACAGUUCUUUCGUCGACAGGACUGCACGCGGGGCAAGAAUUGUAACUUCAAAAUCUUCCAAACUACCGAGAACAAGUACCAAAACAGCCUCGCAGCAACAAGAUGUUGAAUCGGCUCCUUCAAUAUUAAACGCAGAGGUGGUGGACCACAACUACAACUUCUUACAGGUCGUGGACCAGAAAACAACCAUAUGGGGAACAAAAAGACCACCACCGCGACAAGAAAUAGGAGUAUUACAUGAUGCUGAGAGUGGCAGUCGCGAGGGGGUGCCAACAUCUACUGGUGACAGUAAUAUCACCGCCGCAGCGUUCCUCAGCCUCCUUGUACGUUCGACGUCGACAGGAGCACAAAAAAAUGACCUUAAUACUUCCAGCAACGGGGACAUCAGCAUCACAACGAGAGC